AUGCAAAAGCCUCAACAACACGUAUUCUUCCUGCUGAAAACAGAUAUAGGAGGGUCAGUGAGGAAGGUGACGUUGUGCGAGACCUCCAUGGGAAUCAGCCUCGGCAGGCGGAGCCGGGCCUAUCCGUCGCCGGCCAGGAGACGACACCGCACCACCUUCAGCCACAAGCAGCUGGAGCAGCUGGAGGUGGCCUUUGGACAAAACCAGUACCCCGACAUCUACUACAGAGAGGAGCUGGCUCGCAUCACCAAGCUCAACGAGGCUCGCAUACAGGUCUGGUUUCAGAACAGAAGAGCCAAACAGCGGAAGCAGGAGCGGGCCUCCCAGAAAGUCCUCCCAGUGGGUGUGAUGCCUGGCCACAGAGCGCUGCUGGGCGGCAUGCAUGUCCAGGCGCCCGGCAUGGCUCGGCAGUACUACACCCAGCCCCUGGCUCACAUCCCCUGCCUCCCCCCCAUGCUGCCCUCUGGGGGGUACUCCUGCCACCCGGGCCCGGUGGGGCCGUGCCCCUGCCCCAGCCCAAGCGUCCCGCCACAGCCGACCGCCCAGCGGCAGCACGAGGACUGGUACGGCCCGCUGAGGAGCGGCCUCACCUCGCCCAUGUUCUCGCUGGCCCCCAUGCAGCCUCUGGACCCCGCCUUGCACUGGAGCUAA